UACUCCAGAAAGGCAACAUCCAGAGCCCCAGUCUGCCAGUCUGCAAAGUUUAUCGCGCUCGGGUGGAUAACUCAGGAAAAGCACUGGUUUGGAGAAGAGCAAGGCGCGCGGAGGAAGACAGACAAACGGGAGAGUUGGGAAGUAUAGAUCCAGCUCGUGCGCUUUUGAUAACGUUGCAGCCUGGAAGUCACUUUAGACCUAUCGGAAUUUUGCACAAAUCCGGGAAAAAACGAGAAGAGUGUGCUUUACGUGAAACAGGACAGAAUGAUGACUAAGCCGUAUGGAAGCUGCCGGGACGUGGCUGAGCUGGCCAGUUCCCUGGGCUGGAUGGAUGAAGACCUGAGCUCCCAGGACGGCGAAGGCGCCCCCGAGGGGGUGCGGUUCGGGACGGACAGGUGCGACCGGGAGCUGGGGAGCGAGGACAUGGAGGAGGAAGAGGAGGAGGAGGAGGAAGAGGACGGGGUAGGGCCGGACGACGGGGAGAGGGCGCCCAAACGGCGGGGCCCCAAGAAGAAGAAGAUGACGAAGGCUCGGCUGGAGAGGUUCCGUGCCCGGCGCGUGAAGGCGAACGCCCGCGAGCGCUCGCGCAUGCACGGGCUGAACGACGCCCUGGAGAACCUGCGCAGCGUCAUGCCCUGCUACUCCAAGACCCAGAAGCUCUCCAAGAUCGAGACCCUGCGCCUCGCCCGCAACUACAUCUGGGCCCUGUCGGAGGCGCUGGAGGGCGGCCAGUCCACCGAGAGCCGCGGCUUCCUGGAGAUGCUGUGCAAGGGGCUGUCGCAGCCAACCAGCAACCUGGUGGCCGGCUGCCUUCAUCUGGGGCCCGCCCCCGCCCUGCUCGACCAGCUGGAGGACAAGGGCCAGGGCCCCCCCCUCGGCCAGCGGGGGCCCCCCCUCAGCUACCCCUCCCCCGGCCUGCCCAGCCCCCCCUACGGCUCGGUGGAGGCCGCCCGCCUGCUGCACGCCAAGCGCUAUAAUGGCGGGAGCUACGAGAACCCCUCCCCCGUGGAGGGCAGCACCGGCACGCCCCCCUACGACGGGCCCCUGACCCCGCCCCUCAGCGUCAGCGGCAGCUUCGCCCUCAAGCAGGAGCCGUCGCCCGGCGAGGCCGAGCGGAGCUUUCCCGCCAUCCACGGCGUCCGCUACCACCCCGCCCCCCACCCGUACGGGGGCCCCCCGCCGGGGCCCCACGCGCUCCCCGCCUACCCGCCCGCCCGCUACCCCCUGGCCCUGGACGGCCCCUUCGAUUCCCCGUUUGGCCCCGCCCACACCGCCGGCCCACUGGCGGGCACCGUUUACAGCGAGUGACGGGCGAGGGCCCGAUGGACCGGGGGAGGGGAUAAAGCGAGACUUCCUGUGUUUUUGACACGCCCCUUCCUGUCAAGGUGCAUUUAGGCUUCUUUCUGGCUCUGUUCCUGUACCCCACGGUGGACGGAUUCUGGGAAGAUAUGAAGAAAAGGCGCACGUCACCCAAACAUGCCCAUUUGCACUCUAGCACGUACAAUGCAACAGGUGCUACUCCGAUAGCACAAAACAUUACUGUGUUUUUAUAACGGUACUGCUGUCAGAGUGGUGGUGUGGUUUUGUGAUGUUGGUAUUAGUCAAUAACUGCUCUUAGUAGCAAUGUUUCUACAGCAUUUCUUUUUGUACCACUGUCCAUCAAAUGCAACUUUCCAUUUUGAUCUAGAUCGCCAUUUUUCUUCUUUUUCUCUAAAUGUGUUCACGAAACAUCCUACAAAUGUUAUUUGGCUAUUCAGAUUAUUUUUAUAUAAGGUAUCGUUAUAUUUAUACUUCAAGACAUUACUCAGGGCAGACUGUGGGAUUAAUUGAAAUUCCAGACAGUCUCACAGGCAUUGAAGGGGAGUUAUGCUGUGGACAUUUUGAACUCUACCCACAAUCCUUCAGUGCAUUUCACAAAUGAGAAUGUUUGUGAUGAUGAUUGGAGGACUGAUCUAAAUCAGUGGAGGAAACCAGCACUUCUGACCAACCCAACGUGGUCACCAGAAAACUAUGGUGUCCAUGGUUACAGCAUAUGAACUAUGACUGUGACAAAUAGCUGUCACUGAUUUUCAAAGACUAUGAUAUGUAUUUAUUGAUACUUUUAUUUACUAUUUAUUUGGAUUACUGUUGUGAUAUGUUGUUUUGCUGUUGUAUUUAGGAGUUUUUGAACUGUGUCUCUGAUUUGAAUCUACAAUGUCAGCUGCUAGCAACAUAUUUAAAUUAUUUAUUUUAAUUGUUACCUUGUUGUUUUUCUGUUUUUCCUAAUGAAAUUAUCAUUUGGGUCAAUUUUUAUUCCUUCUUGGCACUUAAGAAAAUGUUUUUAAAAUGCUGAAUUAUUUAUACUUAAAACACUGUUGAUUAGGUGUAGAAAAUUACAUUUAUGCUGUAAAACCUCACAUCUACUGGGUAUUAUAUAUUGCAUGUUUAUAUAAAAAUGUAUAUAUAUCAUACCCAAAAUGGGUUUCCCAUGAAAAUAUAGUCUUUCACAUGUAAGAGUAGAAAAGACUAAGCAAAUAAAAUGGUUUGAAAUCCAUGAAGUGAAAUCAAUUCCAGAUUUCACCAUCUAGUUUAUUACAGGAUUAUGAAUUAAGUCAAGCACUUGCAUCAUAUUCGAUAUUCACAGUAUGAUUUGAUUAGGUUGAAAAGUAUUACUAUUGGAUAGGUUUACAUUCAUGGAGAAAACAGCAUAAAAAUCAGGAUGUCUCUAUUGCCUGGAGUGCUGUAUUUACUGUAUUUAUUGUUGAUUGAUCAGACUGAAAAUCUAACUCGGAGUUAGCAUUCCCGGUUAUGGAUCUUUUGCAGCUUGUAUCGUCUUUUAAAAUGUGAAAAUAAGCAACACUUUGUUUUGACUGUGUUAGGACCAAACAGUUCUCACCCCCUGCCCUCCCCCCCCCCCCCCACGCCCUGACCCCCCCAUCCUGAGAAAGAAUGAAAAUGAUUUCGGUGUUAAGCCUCUUUUUGUCCAGUCCCUGCGCUUACAUACUUAAGCGGCUUAAACGUCACACAGAGGGACGAUGUGGAGAGAUGAGCGGGAGGGAGAGAAAACAUGCACAGAUCUGUCAAACGGACGGUUUAGUGAAGAGAGCCGCCCCGCAGUCGAGCCGUCCUGCAGCACACGGACGAAAAACAGGCUCGUAGCUACACUCCUAAAAACAGGCUCGUAGCUACACUCCUAAAAA